GCGCUUCCCUCGAUCACAAACGUUGCUCGACCGGCAUUCAUCACUGACUGACUGCAGGGCACUGGUCUGCCUUCCGGACCGGAGAGUGAGAGUGGCUGAGGGUGCCUUCCAAAAUAGUGUCCAAAUCUAGUCAAAUAUACAUUGUGGGUCUUUAGUGUCUUUAAAGUGCUCGUUGAGACCUUAACCGCGAGUGACCGAAGUUGCGUGGAACGGAAAGUGCGUCGAGGCGAUUUGAAGACGGUGUACUGAGUGGGUACCGGUUCCAAGUGAAGUGCGAGCACGCGUUCCAAGCAUUUAGAGCACCUGUUGCUUCCGAAGCAAGGAAAGAGAGAUGAAGAUUGCCAAACUGCAACGACAAUGGGUACUGCUGAAUACACUGGUGAUCCUGCCAUGGGUAUCGUGUCAGAGGCUCGAUGCACACCGCAGCAGCCAUCGGAACACCGAAUUCCCAGCGGUUCGGCCAAGGCGGGCCAUAUCCUUCCGGAACGAUGACACUCGACGGGCGGCCGGUCUGUUCGGAGACUACGAUAGUGCCGAGGUCGACUACAAUCCAUCGCCGAGCCGAGGACGUUUCGGUUACAACAGGGACUUCUACUUCGACUAUUCACGAGAUUUACCGACCACCACUCGGCGCAGUCUGUCGUUAGUUCGGGAGCGUCCUCGGAGUAAUGAAGCUGCAGGAGGCGAGGAGUUUUCAUAUAGAGAGAAGGACAAGAAUGGCCCAUCCAACUGGGACAAGAUUGCACCGCAGUGCGGAGGCAAAUAUCAGAGUCCAAUCAUGUUGAAUACGAGUAGUGCGUUGUUUGUCCGGAAUAAGAGACCGUUACAACUGAUCGGUCAAACCAACCUUCCACAAUCGAUCAGACUGCAAAACGAUGGCCAUUCGGCCAAAUUCACAUACGUCUGGCGUAAUGGAGAACGUCCGUACAUUCGAGGUGGUCCCCUCAAGACCAAAUAUUACUUUGAGCAGUUCCACUUCCACUGGGGAGCAAACAGCUCGGUUGGAUCGGAACACGUUUUGGACUUCCAUCGGUACCCGAUGGAGUUGCAUCUGCUCUUCUACAAUGCCUUGUACUCCUCAUUUGAAGAAGCUCGCUCAGAAGUGGACGGCCUAGCAGUGGUUGGACUGUUCUACGAAUUGUACGAAGUCAACGAUGAACCCCUCAACACUUGGACUCGUUUCCUGCAGGAAAUUAUUACCCCCGAAUCGGAGUUCACCAUCCAAUUCAUCGACACCUUCCCGCUGUACGACCUGAUCGGAGACGUCGAGUGGCCAUACUUCUCGUACGAGGGAAGUCUGACAACGCCACCAUGUCUGGAGACGGUAACCUGGAUCGUGUCAGCCAAACCCCUGCUUAUCACGCCGCGGGAAAUUCGCGAGUUCCGAAAGAUUCGAACCAGAAACGGCCCGAUGGUGAACAACUACCGCCCGAUUCAGAAGCUGUACAAUCGCCGAGUCUACCGGUACUGAGACACCAGAUGGUUGCGGUUUCUGCGAGUGAUAAACAAAUGCAUUUCAGAAGGAAGAUUUCAGCCGUUUUAGUUUUAGAUAGCUCAAUACCAAAACCAAAGUAUUCGCUUCCGAGCGGGCAUUAGUCGAUAAGUUUAUCGUUUACAACAGCAUUCUAAGGCAUUGUCGAAGAGAGAAUUGAGGAAAUCGUUAGGGAAAUUAUCUGAGAGGUGUUAAGUAAUGGAAAGAUUUGUGUUCCACCGAAUGUUCUAAACCAAAGCAGUUUUUCUUCAUUCCUUAUGAGACAUUUCCAUAAUUAUUUUGCACGGAUCAAACAAGAAUACACAGUGUUUGGAAUACA